AUGGGUGGGUCAGGUUGGGUUUCCUUUGGAAAGAGGAAAAAAAUUAAUGAGGCUAAGAAUAAUGUACAAAUCAACAAACAUGUCAGGGGACUCUCUGAUGAUGAAUGUGAAACUGAUGAAUUGGUCAGUUUGGUAGGCACUGAUUGUGAUAGUGAUGAUGAAGACACAUGUGGAAAGUUUCCCACAUUUUUUAUGCCCAAAAGUAUGGCUGACUAUGAAUGGGAAGUUGGGACAUAUUUCAUAAGUAAAGAAGAAUUUAUAAAAGCCAUUAGAACAUACGGGUUGCAAAACGAGAGAAACUUGAAAAUUGGUAAGAAUGACAAAAAAAAGAGAGUAAGGGUGACAUGUUUGGGUUCAAAAGGAAAAUGUGGUUGGAUUGCUUAUUGUGCAUAUGUACCUAUUGUGCAAACUUGGCAGUUAAGAAAGAUAGUUGAUAAACAUACUUGCUGUAGAGAGUUUAACAAUAGGCUAAUGAAUGCAAAGUGGUUAAGUGGAAGAAUAGAAAACACAGUGAGAGAAAAUCUUACUGUUAAGGUAGUGCACAUUCGUGAAAAGGGCCUAAGAAAGUGGAAAGUUUCUAUAUCUCACACAAUGUCUUUUCGAGCAAGAUCAAUGGCUGCAAACAACAUUGAUGGGUCCUUCACAAAGCAAUACAAACGUAUAUAUGACUAUGCUCAUGAGCUACGUAGAUCAAAUUCGGGUUCAACAAUAAAAUUAAAGGUUGAAGAUCAUGAUGGUGCAAAGAUAUUCCAAAGAUUUUAUAUUUGUUUAAAGGCGAGGUUUGGUGGUGAGUUAUUGACAGUUAUGGCACGGGAUGCAAAAGAUCAGAUGUUGCCAUUAGCAUACGCAGUUGUGGAGGUAGAAAAUAAGUACACGUGGUCUUGGUUCUUAGACAUUUUAAUUGAUGAUCUGGGUGGGAGACCCAAUAUAAGGCCAAAACCUUAA